AUGGUGAGCCAGCUUGUUUGGCAGCGGGCUUCUGCCUCUCGUGGGCUAGCCACACGGCUGUCCCCGCAACGGCUCUUCGCCCGUGGCCUGGCCACCGAGGCCUCGUCCUCCCGCAUGCCCCCAUAUCCCAAGCUCGUCCGCAACCUCGAGCAAGUCCGCCGAGUACUAGGCUCCGAGCGCGCCCUCACCCUCGCCGAGAAGAUCCUCUACGCCCACUUGGACAAUGCCGAGGAGUCAUUGCUCACUGGCACCAACAACGGCCGCGAUGUCCGGGGUAAGGCUAACCUGAAGCUGAAGCCCGAUCGUGUGGCCAUGCAGGAUGCUUCCGCGCAGAUGGCUCUUUUGCAGUUCAUGUCUUGCGGUCUGCCCUCCACGGCCGUCCCGGCCAGUAUUCACUGUGACCACAUGAUUGUUGGUGAGCGCGGUGCCGAUACCGAUUUGCCCGCUUCGAUCAAGGGUAACAGCGAGGUCUUCGACUUCCUCGAGAGUGCCGCUAAGCGCUACGGUAUCGAGUUCUGGCCCCCUGGUGCCGGUAUUAUCCACCAGAGCGUGCUGGAGAACUACGCUGCCCCUGGUUUGAUGAUGCUCGGUACUGACAGCCACACUCCUAACGGAGGUGGUCUGGGUGCCAUUGCUAUUGGUGUCGGUGGUGCCGAUGCCGUUGAUGCUCUGGUUGAUGCUCCUUGGGAGCUCAAGGCCCCUAAGGUUCUGGGUGUGCGCCUCGAGGGUCAGCUCAGCGGUUGGGCUUCUCCCAAGGACAUUAUCCUGCACCUGGCUGGUAAGUUGACCGUCCGCGGUGGUACUGGCUUCGUUGUUGAGUACCACGGCCCUGGAGUCGAGACUCUCAGCUGCACGGGUAUGGCUACCUGCUGUAACAUGGGUGCCGAGGUCGGUGCUACCACCUCCAUCUUCCCCUUCUCGCCCAGCAUGGUGCCCUACCUGCAGUCCACCCACCGUGGUCACGUCGCAGAGGCCGCCGCUGAGGUUGCCGCCGCUGGCCCUUCGAGUCUGCUCCGCGCCGAUACCAAGGCCGAGUACGACCAGUUGGUCACCAUCAACCUUUCCGAGCUCGAGCCUCACAUCAACGGACCCUUCACCCCCGACCUGUCGGUUCCUCUCUCCAAGUUCGCCGACACCGUCCGCGAGAAGAAGUGGCCCGAGACCUUUGGGGCCGGUCUGAUCGGUUCCUGCACUAACUCCUCGUACGAGGACAUGACCCGUGCCGAGAACCUGGUCAAGCAAGCCUCCGCCGCAGGCCUCAAGCCUAAGGCCGACUUCUUCAUCACCCCUGGUAGUGAACAGAUCCGCGCCACUCUCGACCGCGACCAGACCCUGAACACCUUCUCCGAAGCCGGCGGUGUCGUCCUGGCCAACGCUUGCGGUCCCUGCAUCGGCCAGUGGAAGCGUACCGACGGCGUCCCCAAGGGCGAAGACAACGCAAUCUUCACCUCGUACAACCGCAAUUUCCCCGGCCGCAACGACGGCAACCGCCAGACAAUGAACUUCCUCGCCUCGCCCGAGCUCGUCACGGCGCUCGCCUACUCCGGCAGCACAACCUUCAACCCAAUGACCGACUCCCUGACCACCCCCUCAGGCGAGACCUUCAAGUUCCAACCACCAAGCGGCUUCGACCUCCCCAGCGCCGGCUUCGAAGAAGGAAACCCCAACUUCCUUCCAACAGCCGCGGUCCCCGACGCCAGCGCCGAGGUCAUCGUCUCCCCAACCUCCGACCGCCUCGCCCUCCUCGAGCCCUUCGCCCCCUUUCCCAAGGGCGAUCUCUCCGGCCUCCAGGUCCUCUACAAGGUCAAGGGCCAGUGCACAACAGACACCAUCUCUGCCGCCGGCCCCUGGCUCAAAUACAAGGGCCACCUGCCCAACAUCUCCGCCAAUACCCUCAUCGGCGCCGUCAACGCCGCAACCGGCGAGACAAACGUCGCCUAUGACGAGGCCGGCAAGUCCUACGGUAUUCCCGAGCUCGCAGAGCAAUGGAAGGACCGCGGCAUCGAGUGGCUCGUCGUCGCAGAGGAUAACUACGGCGAAGGUUCAGCCCGUGAGCACGCAGCCCUGCAGCCCCGCUACCUCGGCGGCCGUGUCAUCGUUUCCAAGUCCUUUGCCCGUAUCCACGAGACAAACCUUAAGAAGCAAGGUGUUGUCCCUCUGACCUUUGCUAACCGCGAGGACUAUGACCGCAUUGAUGCCUGUGAUAAGGUCGAUACUGUUGGUCUUUAUGAUGUACUCCAGGCUGGUGGCCAGGGGGAGGCCCAGCUCCGUGUUACCAAGCAGAAGACCGGCGAGCAGUUCGUUGUCUCUGUUAACCACACUCUGUCUAAGGAUCAGUGUGCUUUCAUUCUGGCUGGUUCUGCUUUGAACUUGUUGGCUAAGAAGGCUAACGCCCAGUAA